AUGCCGUCGCAUCCGCAACCGGCUCAGCCGCCCUUCAAUCAGAGUCUCUCGCACAGCGCUUCACCCCAAGAUCACGCCAUCUCGUCGCCAGGCGUCAAGAUAGAGCCUGUCCACGAUGGCACGCUUUCAUUGCUAGCCUCUCACCAGCGUUUUGGCACGGGCAGCCAAUCACCCUUGUCAGCUUAUGCGUCAGCUGAUCAGCCUGGCUCUGGCUAUCAGUCGAGCAGCGCGCAGUCAGCUUCGGGUGAUCUGAAAAACGAAGACAGCCUCGCCUCCACGUCGACCGCUGGCUCGCGCAGACCUUCGUCCCUUGCUCGAAAAGCAUCGGAAGGUCACCGAAGUCAGAAGCAUCGAUGGUCUGCCGAAGAGACGCAGGCACUCGUCGACGGAUGCAACAAGCAUGGCGUGGGAAGCUGGAAAAAGAUUCUCUCGGAUCCAGAGCUCUCGGCGCUCUUCUCGGACAGGACAGCAGGUGAUCUCAAGGAUCGUUUCCGAACCUACUUUCCUGAUGCCUAUCACGAAAUGUAUCCCAAUGCAAAGACGCAUCUCAGCAAAGCCGUUCGAGGUCGAGACGCCGAGGGCAAAAGCAUCUUUGAAAAGGGCAAGGCCAAAGAGCGCCGCCCUUUCUCUUUUGACGAGGACGCCGCCCUCCGUACAGGCUAUCAGCAGUACGGCUCGCACUGGGCACUCAUCGCAAAGAACCCCAUCUUCAAUGGUCAGAGACGAGCCAUUGACCUCCGCGAUCGCUUUCGCAACGCUUUCCCAGACGACUAUGAACGUGCUGGCUUCAAACCACGUCCAUCCAAGGCACGCAAGGAUCGCGGACCCAGUGCAGCCAAACCAGGUCAAGGUCAUGCAGCCUGCUCUGCUGCAUUCCAAGCUACGCUAUCGGACAACAGCCUUUCCGAAGGCGCAUGGCGUAGCUCCGAGUACCCUCUCAGCGACACCACCAGUGAUGGUCAUCUCACCGAUCACGGAAACCUCACCGACUAUAGCUACUUCACCGACCAGGGCAAUCUCACCGACGGUGGUGUCGAGCCGGUCUUGUCUGGCCCCUCCAGCGGUACUAGCAGCGCGCUCGGCCGCUCCAACUCGAUGGGUCACAGCAUGCCGCGCCACUUGCCGGCACACAUAGCUCAGGGCGAACAUCUCAGCUUUGGUCAAGCCCUCGCCAUACAGCAACAGCAGCCGCACCCACCUAUGCACCCGAGACCGCCUUUCUUGUCGUCCAGCACUGCACCUCUUCCCACUUCAGGCAUCCCACUUCGUGCAUCUGAUAUGGUCACGGGCCAGUCUAUCCACAGCCUCUUUGAACAGCUUCAACAGGCCAGUCUCGAGGGCCCGGGUACCAGCUCAGAGACAAGCAGCAUCCACGAACGAGCCACGCCACCCAGCGCUAGCGACAGUGACAUCACCAAUCAGCAGCAAUUCCAGCAACUCCACCAGCAGCAGCCGCUCUCUGCCCAUGCCAAGGCUGCAUCCGCCGACGAUGCUCGAAGACAAGCCGGUAAACACGCCAGUCACGACGGCACCCAGCACAAGAGGAGGAGUCACGCAUCACGCGCCGGUAAAAACUCGGCACUUGAGCGUCUGCCUUCGGUCCACGGUCAUCUCCACCACAUGCACACCCAUGCGCACAACUCAGCGCAUUCAAAUCCUCACUCUAGACCACACUCAGAAUCGUCGAGUCAUCAUGACUCGCCAGCGGGCGGUGCUGUGCCCGUCCAGACAGACGCUCGACUCUCGCCCUUGGGUCAUACCGAGUACCCUGUUCAGCCUGAUGUGCUAGCGUGGCUGAACCCUGCUGGCAACAUGCUGCCUCCCAGCGCAACAAUGGACAUUCAUGAUCACCAAACUGCUGGUCAAGUACCUUCAUCGUGGUCCGCCUACAGCUCAAGUGCGGGCGACGCCUCUGUUGCCGGUCUAUCCACAUCAGCUUCUGGCAAUUUCCUUGCGAAUCAACGGCCCAUGUUCGGAACGGGCUUCAACUUUUCCCACCAGUCCGGGUUCACAUCACCAACUAAUCCAGGUCCUGCCGCAGUGAUGAUCCCCGGAAUAGCAAGUGCCUCGGACUCCUCUGCAUCUUCAGCUACAGGCUCUCGCAGGUCGUCGGCCGCCGAUGACCCGUUCGCCGAGCUGCAGCAGUUUCAACAAGUUAAUGCCAAGUCGUCUGGAGCUGGGCAAACUAACCACGCUGGCAAUCUUGGGGCUGACUCGAUGCAGAACUUUGCUGAUCAGUUCUCCAAUUCUCCCGGCGAUGCCGCGCAGUGGAACGUCGACUGGGAUCUAGGCAACAUCUCGGACUCUGGGCUUCAAUCGGAGGACGUCAAUGAGCUGCUCGCCUCUUUGCCGCUCUCACAUUCCCCUUGGGCCGGCGAUCUCCAUCAUGCACCCACCGCUACCGGCACCGAUGUUGCCAGUGGACAGAGUACCGCUUUCAUGGGUGCUAACGAGGCACAUAUACCACCAACCCAACUUCAUCAGCUCGAGACGAACAGCAAUCUGUCAGGGAACAACGCAUUCGCCGGACCAGGACCGACUGCAGACGAUGUCGUUCUCGGUCAGAUGAACACUCUUGACGGUCUCGCUCAGCCGCAGCAAUCUCAGGGCCAGCGCCUGCCGAGCAGCAAUCAAGUGGGCAAUGCCUCGAAUACCGAUGGCAGCGUGUCAUUUGCCAGCGUGACCUACGGUGAUCCGCUCGUUCGCGAAGGUAGAGAAGGUUCACCCGACUCGCUUGAGCUGCAACGCGAGCAGACAUUCACCGCCAAGGAUGUCGGCAAACGGCUCGCACGCGAUGGGCCCGACAACGACAAGGACGUAGAAGAGUCUGACGACGAUCAACGUCGUCGUUCCACCGAUACGCUGCGUCACGCUGAAGGUGCACUCGACUUGGCGCUCGAAUCGGUUGAAGACACACGUGCUUUGGCCUUUGCGCAACAGUUUCAGCGCGAUGUAGAUUCGGACGAUGACUCGGACGAGGAAGCGGAUGAGGAUGGAUACGAAGAGGACGAAGAGGACGACAAUGAGCCCGACUAUGAGCUCGAUGGAACUGUGCAGGAUUUCAACUUUCAGCAGGUGUUGGACGAAUUGCAAAGCACCGAAGGGAUCUCGGGCGAAUUCUUCGAUGGGCCGUUUGACGGCGGCAUCGGUGCAACACCUGGUGCCCCUGUUCAGCCGGGUCUCGAAGCCAACGAUCUGUCUCUAUACCCCGACUUGGGCAGGUCAGUUGUCAGUCGCCAGCAGCAUUUGGCGGCGCAGGCGUCGAACAGUUCACCAAUCGACGGCGUUCGGGGACAUGCAGGUGGCGCUGCUGCUGCUGCGGGACUGAUGAACCAGGUCUGGAAUGGUGGAAUGCCGGUGGAUCAGCAGCGGCAGCAGCAUUAG